CUUGGCGCACUGCGUCCAAGCAAGGACGCGUAUAAAAAUGGCUGAGGCCACCAGCAUGGGGGUGAGUGAACGCUAAAGCGAGAAUAUGAAAGGACACACUGGGGGCACUAAGCGAUUUGAUUGGAUAUAAUGUCAAUUUAAGGAGGGCGAUGGAUGGCUCAGUGGAAAAGAUAAUUCUCCCAAUGAAUUCGGUCAUCAGACUGCACCAACAGAAGGUGAUAUAUGUUUUCUGCUCAUUCAGGGGCGAAGUAUUGGUAAAACGGACGCGAAGAUCGAAUGUGAAACCAUACAUCACAUGUAGAUCAUGCAAUCCCCCACUGACAGGCGCACACAGUUCCAAAAUGGUAUACGUACUGUAUCCGAGCCCGAUGCGACAGCUUCCCCUGAUCACGCCGGCUCACAUACUCGGAAUGGAGGAACCGACCGCGCAGAAUUGUUCUUCCUUAUUGGUGAUUGGGGUAGGCCAGAUGAGAACUGGCACGACUAGCCUGAAGAGUGCAUUGGAAACACUGUUCCAAGCACCAUGCUAUCACAUGAGCGACGUGGCUUUCCGGUUGAAAGAGCAGCACAUCCGCAAGUGGAUUUACGCGUGCCAAGUUUGCAAUGGGUCGGCACAUGAGGCGAAAAUCGCACUCCAGUUGUUCAAGCCGUUUUGGGAUUCCAUCUAUGGAAUGGCAGUCAGUGCAGUUGACUAUCCAACCUGCGUGUUCUAUCGUCAGUUGAUGUCUGUUUAUCCGAAAGCCAAGUUCAUCCUCACUACGAGAGACCCAGACGAGUGGGUUCGUAGCUGCCGAGCAACGACAAUGUGCCCGGAUAUGCUCAGGAAGUUGGCAUUUGGAGAAAAACUCUACUUCCGCUGGUGUGGAGUCGGAAGCCUUCCCGAAUUACAUCAUUACCUCUUUCAAAGAGCGUUUGGUGCAAGUUUCGCAACCAUGUCCGAUGAGGAGCUGAAAAAAGCAUAUACAGAAUGGAACAAACUGGUCACGGAAAACAUUCCCUCAAAGCGCCUAUUACUGUUCGAUCCAAGAGAAGGUUGGGGUCCUCUAUGCAAAUUCCUGUGUUUACCUGAGCCCUCUAUCACGACUCCUUUUCCUCACAUGAACGGUCGCGAUGAAAUGCGAGCUCGGAUUCAAAGAUCUUUCGGAGCGGCACGGUUAGUAAACCGCACCUUCAUGUUGCUUUUUAUCUUUCUUAUUUUCAGCUUGUUUUAUAUCCUUUAUACAUUUUGCGAGUCGAUAAAACCGUGCAUCAUGUUGCCUCCAUACUGCUCGUCCCCUGCCCCGUACUUGUAAACACCCGAGCCAAAUGUAAAUAAACCUCUUUCUGG